AUGUACUUCUCUGCUGCUGCCAUCGCCGCCGCUCUGGCCUUUGCCCAGACGGCCCUUGCGGCUCCCGUCAGCGACAAGGUCGCCGCUCGCAGCGACCCGCACGAGCUCGACUUCCGCACCUUUGGUGUCGAGGGCUGCCACGACGAGAACCAGGGUGUCUACACCCUCGAGCUGUCGUCGAACCACAUCUGCCAGCAGUUUGUCGACCCCAUUGGCAGCCUCAUCGUUUCUGACAACCUGUGCACUCUCACCGUCUACGCCGACACCGACUGCUCCGUGUCCCCCGUGGUCGUGCCGACCAAUGUCUGCCAGAACGGCGUGUGGCAGUCGUACAAGAUGGACUGCUAG